ACCGAGAAGGAACAUGAUGAUCGCUGAUUUCACAAGCAUAGUUCUAAUAUGGUUCCUGCCACUGACAGUAGGCGGGGCGGUCACAUCUGGUCAGCGCAACGACUUGGCUAACGGGACUAUGGCUCAGGUGACCCGAGAACAGUUCGGUCACGGCCAGCUGACAACUCAGGACACGUCCAUCUCAAACCCACCUACGGAGACUGCGGCUAUUGACGUCACAACAUCUACCUGGGAUGUUGCAGAUUCACCUGAGGGAACCAACGGCAGCGGUUCCUUGCCAAAAACAACCCCGGCAUUGCCUCCUGUGACCUCAACAUUGAAAACCCGAAGCGCGGUGAACGGCUCAGCAGGCACAGUGCAAGUAGGAACCGAACCUGUGACGUUUACAACGGAGGUUCCACCUGUCAACGCCACCGACCCAACCGGGCCUUCAUCUGUACCUCCAGUGCCAAGCAACUCUACCCAAACCGGAGACACAGGACAUAUGUCAACCACUGAACUGGGUAGAGAAAAAAGCACGUCUUCGUCUACGUCUCAGUCACGCUUGACGACGCUCAUCUCCACAGCAACUGCGUCCGUUAAGGCUGACGACGGCAGGUCUACGAGUACAGAAUCAGUGACUGGGGUUAACACCGUCAAUGGGUCAAUGGGUUCACGCACAACUUCGGCCGGAAAGACAGUGUCGCACCUCACCAACGCAAAGAAGCCACGAAACGCCAAAACGAGAUCCAAUGACGGCAAAGCAGUGGCAGGGAUAAUAGGGGGGGCCCUGGCCCUGAUGAUGGUGGGAUUUCUGGCCAUUUACAUAAAGAAGCGGAAGCUUCAGAAGCAGCAGAUAACAACCACGGACUGGGCUGGUCCGACACCAUUUCUGAUGGCUGGAAACGAUAACGGCCAAGUCAGUCUUAGGUCGUCCAAUCGGAUUUCUCUGGCCAGUUUUCUGCCUCAGAGACUGUCCAAGCGGCUGUCCCUGCUGCCGGAAUGUGACGAAGAGUUACAAGACAUGACGGUGGGCGUCACAUUUGGAGGUAAAACACAAGGGGACGCAUCUGUAGAAGUAAGCAAAGAGCCAUCUGGGACCAUUCCAACCGUUACGGCAACGGAGAAAGCGGCAGAGAAAGUUGAAAAAUCGGCCUCGGAGACACCUCUCGAAAUUAACAACAUUCCGUCCACAAAUAAUUCCCACGCAGGUAACCAGACACAAGACAAUUCUGGGAAUCCCUCCAAUGCGUUGGGAAAACAGGGAAAACAGGAAAAAGAGGAAGAAAAACAAACCAUGCCCGUGCCGACAUGUUCUGCCUCUCUGCUCCUCCUGCUGCUGCUGCUGGGUGGGCUUCUGGGAGGUUGGGUGCUGUCCAUCUGUCCUGCCGUGUGCACCUGCAGCGGGGGUCACAGAGUGGUGGACUGCUCUUCCAGGGGACUGACCAAGCUACCGCCCGGUCUGCAGCACAACAUCCGCUUUCUCAACCUGUCCUUCAACAGUUUGCAGAGCCUCGACAGCCAGCUGAGCCACUACGCCCACCUGCGGACCCUGGACCUGUCCUACAACCGGCUGAUGAGUCUGCCCCCCGCCCUGCCCCGCUCGCUGUGGGACAUGCGCGUGGUCGGCAACCACCUCCGCUCGCUGGACAAGAACGACACGGCUUACCACUGGAACCUCCGAAUCCUGGACUUGUCGGACAACGAGCUGGACCGAGUGGUCUUCAUCAACAACACCCUGCUGAGUCUCAAGUCGCUCAACCUGAGUCGUAACAGAUUUUGGACGGUGCCCACGAACAUGCCUCACAACCUGGAGACCGUCGACCUGUCGCACAACUACCUGGUGCAGAUCCUCCCCGGCUCGCUGGAUCGGCUUCCCAGACUGGUUAGGUUCUAUUUGCACGCCAACCGCUUCUCCUGGUUGUCGGAGGGCAUUUUCCAGAAGCUGACGGGGCUGGAGGUGAUAACUCUCGGCGAUAACCCCUGGGCUUGCGAGGAAGAGGACAACAUCACGAGGCUGCUUCGAUGGGCGGAGAGAAGCCGAGCGGUCGUGUUCGGGUGCCCCUGUUACACGAGCCCGAUCUGUGGGAAAGCCCAUCCGCCCACGACGGGGAGGGGAAGGCACUCUGCCCUGCUCACGGAGCCCCCGCUGUGGGUGGACAGCAGAGCUCAGGGGCCCGAUGGUCAGUCCCCCGCGAGGACUGCGAUCACGUCCGGUUACCACCUAAGGCCCGCGCUGUACGAAACUGCCAUUUAUGAAGACAAAGGGGGAGGCUGGACUGAAUCCGAGGACCAAGUGCUGUUGGCCUGGACAGCCUCGACGAGUUUUCAACGGUUUUCUCCACACACGAGCACAACAACCGGCCCGCAACCUUUCACGAAAAAGCCGAAGAAGGCUAACGCCAACCACAAAAAUCUCGCGGCCCUGGUCAGGAUUCAAAGCCCCACCCUGACUAUUGCAGUCAUGGCCACAUACACAGUAAUCAUACCUGGUCAUGAACUCCUCAAAUUUGGAGCUGGUCAGAUUAAGGCUGGACCAGUGAGUGUCAGCCACUGGUUUGUGUUCCGGGGGUCCCAGAUAUGCCAGCAGGGUUGCCAUCUUGUCAAAAGGUCGCCGGCCAACAGCCUUGUGAUCUCUGGAAUAUCAGAAGAUGAGAAAAAAACAACCCAUAGU